CACGCCUCCUCCAGGGUCGGAAGUGGCGCGGGGCUUUUCCUCUGCGCAGCGGCAAGUGCGCGCAAGUGGGCUGGAGGCGGAGAGGGGCGGCGGGAGCUUGUGGAAGGAAAGGGUACUGAAGCAUCUGCACGGGGAGUGUGCGGUCAGGCUGUGGCAGUAGUGCCGGCACCUACCCUGAGGCAGAAGCAGGGGAAGGGACGCGCAGUGAACUUUACUACAAGUCCCGGCGAGCCUUUACAGCCCCCGGCUGGAAGAGGAAGCAGCGGCGCGCUGGUUAGGGGCGUUGCUGUGCCCUCAGGUGCUGCUGGGUGCGGAGGGCCGGGGCGCGGGGCUGUCGCUUGAUAACCCGCACGCCGCGGGGUGGCCGGGCGAGCAACGGACGCUUGAAGAGCGGCGGCUGCCUCCCCCCGCCGCCCACCCUGGGCUGUGGCGGUGUGUCCCAGUGCGUGGGGCGGCAGUGCGGGUAAAGAAACAUAAUGGAGUCUCCUAGCUCUGUCAAUACUGGCAUGAGUAAUUCACCAAGUGAAAGUGAAGAUGAGGUUGAAUUCAUUGGAGAAGAACCUUUGAGACCUGUACUGGAGUACAUUGAUCUUGUCAGCAGUGAGGAUGAAGAACCUAACAGCAGUUCUUAUGUUCAUAGCAAUGUCAAGCGUAAGGAUAAUGUUGACUACCAGAAAGAGCGAGUUAUGUCCACCUUGGAUCGCCUGGCACGCCACGUUGAAGUAGAGAAGCAGCAAAAAGAAGAGAAGAAUAAAGCCUUUAAGGAGAAAGUGGAUUCCCAGUGUGCUCAUGGGCUGCAAGAGCUGGAAUUCAUUCGCGAGCACAGUGACACAGAGGCUGCACGGUUAUGUGUGGACCAGUGGUUAAAAAUGCCAGGCCUCAAACCAGGCACCAUUAACAGUGGAAGAAGGGGGGUUCACAGGAGGGAAAAUCAGAUGGAAGUCGACAGCGGUCCAGUAUGUUGUCCUGUGAUGCACUGCAACAGAGAGUUUGACAACAAACAUCUUCUCCUAGGUCACCUUCAAAGGUUUGAUCAUUCCCCUUGUGAUCCAACAGUCACACUACGUGGACCCCCAGAUAACGCUGUUGCCUGUGUGAUAUGCUGCCAAAGAUUUCCAACCUCUCAGCAGUACAAUGAUCAUCUUUCAUCUAAGCUAAAUGAGAAUGAUGGGCACAGAGAAGAUCUUCCCCCACAGUACAUCCAGUGCUUUGCUUGCCCCAGCUGCUUCCUGCUGUUUACCGGAAGAGAGGAGUGCUGGCAACAUAUGUCGGAGAAGAAUCAUGCCCUCCAGGCUUCUGAACUGGGUGAUGACAUGAAGGCUGACCUUCCUCUACCUUUCCCAUCGUAUGCGAAGAACCUUCUGAUCUCUCUGUGUAAGGAGGUCCCCUUCCAAGUGAAAUGUCGAUCUUGCUACAAGGUACUGCGCUCGCAUACGGAAUUGACGGCUCAUUUCAGGACAUGCUGUCGUGAUUCUGGGCCUGUGGUACUGUCAAAGAAGAGCAUCGCCCAAGUUGCAGAGAUAUUCAAAACAAAAGGGUGCUGUGAAAACUGUGAAAAACUGUUUGCUGAUAAGAAUCAAAUCACCCAGCAUAAAGAAACCACUCAGCAUAACAUUAAAAUUCUUGCCACAGUGGAAGAGUCCAUCUUGAUGUUCUGCCAUAUCAAUGGGAAAAAUAAAAAGCAGUCAUAUCUGUGUCAUGCUGCAGAUCAGUCGAGACUGCUGCUUAAAAGACAUCUGAGUGCAGAGGAGCCCCUCAGUGAGAGUGGGACUGCUCCUGCAAAAAGGAAGAGCCCUUUCAGGGCUGAAAAUGAAGACCAUGGAGUAAACCGAAGUCAAAGGAAUGCCUGCAAAGUGAAGGCCUGGUUCUGUGAAUGCCUUCAGAAGUUUUUUACAGAGGAGGCAGUGGAGAAGCACAUUUUGUCAGCAAACAGAAUCUGUCACAGGUGCGCUGUGUGUGGGAAGCUGGCUGAGAGCUCCAGCAUUAUCCGCCUGCACAUGAGCCGCUUCCAUGGAGGAGCACACCUGAAUAACUUCCUGCUCUGGUGCAGAGCAUGCUCCAUGGACCUGCUGGGAGAGGAAGGUGUUAUGGGGCAUGUGACUGAAUUUCAUGGUGGACAUACUUACUAUUAUGAGCGAGAAGCUUUAGAAGAUGAACCCGUACCAUCUGCUUCUGAUACAGCAUGCAUCUCUGCGGGUGAAAGCACAGACUGUGUCCCCAGUCCUCUGGAGCUCCGUCCAGAGAAGAGUCCUGUCCUGGGCAAGUGGCAGUGCCGUGUCUGUGAGGAGAUGUUUGAGUCAGAGGAGAGCGUCAGACAGCACUGCUCGUCCCUGGAGAGCCAUACCUUCCACAGGUACUGCUGCGGCCUGUGCCACAGCCACUUCUGCAAGGUGGGCACGCUGCAACGGCACAGUCAGGAGCACCACAGCCAGGAGGUACCAACCAGGUUCUUCUGUGGUCUCUGUGGAAACCUCUUCUUUGACACAGAAGAAGAAUUUCUAGCCCAUUAUCAGGAGAUCCAUAGCACAGACUACGCAUUUGUGCCUGAGCAGGUGGAAGCAUCAAUAAAGAAAGAGGUGGACUUCCUCCCAGCAGAGAAAGGAGCCCUUCUCACCUGUGGUUGCCAGGCAGCUUACAUCUCCAGAGUGAGCAGGAGGAGCGAUUCCACGAGGUGCCAGAAAGCCAUGCUGCAGAGAGGAAAUCUGUCGUUCUGCUGCUGCUGCUGCUCUGCAACCGCACAGAGCCUUGCUGACAUGAACAGGCAUCUCGACAGGCAUGUGUCACGAAAGCCUAAGGAGGAGAUGUAUGUUGUCAGGUGUGCUGCCUGCAGCAGGAGCUUUGAUGAUGUCAACAGUGCUCAUCAGCACUAUCACAUGAAACACUGCUUCUUGCAGAAACCUGACCUCUCAAGUCUUGCAUAUGAAUCAGAAAAUGCAGUCUUCAAGUUCACAGCAAGUGAGGCUUGUGUGGACAGAAAACCCCACAAACAAAAAUCUCAAGCAUCUCCACCCAAGCCUCAGGAAAGACUGCAGUCACUUACUCUGCAGGCACCAGUGCAGGGACAGAAGGAAGAGAACUCUGUGCUCUCUGGUGAAGGUGGUGAACUUCCUGAUCUUGACUACCUGAGUACCAUGACUCACAUUGUGUUGGUGGAUCUGGACAACUGGGCAAGCUUAUUCACACAGCUGCCAACUAAUCUGAACCAAGGGACCUUCAUCUGGGGUUUUCAAGGAGGACACAGCAACUGGAAACCUCCAGUGCAGUGCAGAAUUUACAACUACCUUCAGAGGAUUGGAUGUUUCUUUCUUCAUCCCCGUUGUGGUACCAGAAGAGAAGCAGCAGACUUUGCUCUCUGUGUUCAUGCUGGGCGUCUGGAUGAGCACCUGCCCAAGCAGAUCCCUUUCACUAUACUGUCUGGAGACAAAAGCUUCCUGGAACUGGAAAACCAGUUUAAGAUGACCCAGCGUUCAGCUCGCAUCCUAAACCCACACCACAUGGAAGGGGACAUGAUGUGUGCCUUGCUAAACAGCAUUUCAGAUACCACUAAAGGUUCAAAUAGUGAAGAGGAUGAAGAUGUCAAAGAAACAACGAAGAGGAGCAUAGAAGAAACAAAGAAAUGGGAAGAAGUGGGCAGAUCUUUUUCCCAGUCCCUGCCUUUGCCUUCUGGAGCUUGUGUGGUGCAGCUGGGGACCUUGCCAGUGAACACUGAGGCAGAGUCAUUGAGGACCUCAGCCUUCUCCACGUCUGUUGUGACCACAUCUUCCUUUGCUUUCCUUUUUCUGCAGAGCAAGAUGCAGAGCUGAAAGAAGCUAUCAAGAGAAGCCUGGAGGAGAUGUAAAUGAAGCUCCUUCAGUACGCUGGCCCUGUGCCAUCGUGGCUGUCUGCCAGAAUGGAAGUUGGUUCCUGUAUUUGCAAAGGUUGGGAAGCACCGCGUCAGACCCACGUCUGUAUCUUGAGUUGUUGGGUUUGUGAUCUGAUGGCCUCUGCCACGCUGGGGAACAGCUGCAGUUCAGGGAUGUCUGCUGCAGUACAUCGUGUGUGAUAAACAAGGAGAUUUCAGCCUUUCUUCUGUUUCUGAAGGAUGAUGGCUUAAGUCUCUCUGGUCUGGCUGUUGCAGUUGUUGUGUAGUUCAUAGGCUGGUCUCUCUGGAGGGCUUUAGUUGUUCAUGGUUUUUUUUUUUCUUUAAUUUGCUCUUGUAUUUAGUUUUCUGUCACAAAAUGUCAUUGUAUUUGCUUUUCCAUGUGUUCUUGGAAACAGUUAAUAAACUCCACAGUUAUCUCAGCUUUAUGUGGCUGAUCUUGUUAUAAGGAGAAGCUUUAGAUCCCAGGUUUGUAACUUGCACACGUGGCCUGUGGCCAGUCUCACCUUCAGUUUGUCUGUGGCCUGCUUUCUUCCUGCAAAACUCAGAUUUGUUGCACUCCUGUUCAAAGCUGAGGGCGUAGCUCACAGUGCUGCCUCAAACGAUCAAAUUUUCCACACCAAGCUCUUCUGAUAAAGGAAUAAGACAGAGCCAUUAUCAUCCUCAAAAAAAUCCAUUUCAGUCCAUGUUCAGAAGCUUCUGGGCAGACUAACCUAAACCUAAAGUUUCAGAUAUCUUCUACAUGAAAAAAGUGUUUCAACUUGCAAAAGUUCUUUGCUUAGCUUACUGAAUAUUUAAAAGCUAGGUAGAUGGUCUUCUGCAGAGCCUGUUAGUUUUAGGGUUUGUGAUGGUGUGCUUUUUUCUCUAACAUUCUGUCACAGGUAUAAAGGUUGCUUGUACCCUGCAGGGCAGGACUUGGUGGGGCACGUUCAUGUAUUUAUUUUUAAGGAGCCCCACCUGUGCCUGCACACUCACAUGGAGCUCGAAUUGUUAAAAAGCUUGUAUUGACCUGCUCACCUGCUUGCCAAACCCCAGCUAGCACUGUUACAGCUUUUAGAAAAGAACUGGACAGAAUUCUGGUCUCUGCAUUCUUUUUUUACAUUAAAAGUAGCCUCCAGAAUUGCCAGAGUUUUAAGGCUUGGCCUCAUUUAUUUUUUCAGUCUCUUUGAGGCUCUCUUAACUGUGAAGUUUUUCUUUGCAAAGUUCUCUGCCAUCACAGGCUGUGAAACUCUGCUUCCAGAACAGCAGAGAAUAUUCUGUUGUUAAAAUCUUGCAUGUAGCAAUAUGUGACUUGUUACCACCAUUUCAGGGUACUACACUUUGUUUUUCAGCUGGAAAAGCCACCAUGGAAAUGCUUGUUUCAAGAAUUUAAUGUUUCUGACUGGGGAGUCUUGUUGAACUGGCUGAAAUGUUUGCAGUUUGCCCUGUGUGUGCUGGGAGGUUUGUCUGCCUUUACAGGCGCAGUUCAUCUAUUAAAAGGAGUUUGACCAGCAUCCUUUCUCUGUACUAGAAGUGAUUUGUCCUGCCCUUUUAAAAGAGAAUUUGUUUUUAUGGUGAUGUUUGAGUCCACCCUUCAUUGGUACUAAGUCUGUGGUUCUUUUUCAUACCUUUGAUGAGGGAAGUCUGGUUUCCACCUGGCUAUCACCAGCUGCUUGUUUUAAUGCUCUUAAUUUCUGUAUGAUGAAAGCAUAAGAUUUACAAAGCUGAAGUAGUGGCAGGACAGGAUUGGAACACGGGUCUUGCCUUUUUGGUGCUUCUCUCACACCAGACAGAAUCCCUGUUUUGGCCAUAUUUAGAAACAAGAAGAGGUUGCAAACAAGUCAGUGCAACUGUUACUAAAGUGUUGUGCCUGCCUGAUUGCUUCUGAAGUUCAAUAAAAUCUUAAAAAUUAGAUCA